CUCCUCACAGCAAGGUUGGGGCUGGAGUUCAAGCCAGCCAACCUGCUCAGGGGUUUGGGCUUUAGUGCCUGUUCUCCAUCCUGGGGGCUCUGAGCUUCAGCUGUUGCUGCUCUGUGCCUCCCCUAAUGACUGCCUUGCUUCUCCCUAGGAAACGUUGAUGGGGAAGUAUGGAGACAACUCAAAGCUCAUCUAUGAGCUGCAGGAUCAGGGAGGAGAGCUGCUGGCCCUUCGCUAUGACCUGACUGUGCCCUUCGCUCGCUAUUUGGCAAUGAACAAAAUCACCAACAUUAAGCGCUACCACAUCGCUAAGGUGUACAGGAGGGACAACCCGGCCACAACCAGGGGCCGCUACAGGGAAUUCUACCAGUGCGAUUUUGACAUUGCUGGCCAGUUCGAUCCUAUGAUUCCUGAUGCAGAAUGCCUGAAAAUAGUGCAUGAGAUCCUGAGUGAGUUGCAGCUUGGGGACUUUCUCAUUAAGGUCAAUGACCGACGCAUUUUGAACGGUGUGUUUGCCAUUUGUGGUGUCCCAGAGAGCAAGUUCAUAACCACAUGCUCUACCGUGGACAAACUGGACAAGAUGUCGUGGGAGGAUGUGAGGAGCGAGAUGCUGGGAGAAAAGGGGCUCUCUCCUGAGGCUGCGAAUCGCAUUGGGGAAUAUGUCCAGCUCCACGGUGGCCUGGAGCUGAUUGAGCAGCUCCUCCAGGACCCAAAGCUAUCCCAGAAUCAACUAGCCAAGGAGGGGUUGGGGGACAUGAAGCUGCUGUUUGAGUACCUGACGCUGUUUGGCAUCACAGGGAAGAUCUCCUUCGACCUGAGCCUGGCGCGAGGCCUGGACUAUUAUACAGGGGUGAUCUUUGAGGCCGUCCUGGUACAGCAGGAGAACAACCCUGAGGAGGAGCCAGUCAGCGUUGGGAGUGUGGCUGGAGGUGGUCGCUACGAUGGGCUGGUGGGGAUGUUUGAUCCCAAAGGACGGAGGGUGCCCUGUGUGGGAGUCAGCAUUGGGAUUGAGCGGAUCUUCUCCAUCAUGGAGCAAAGAGUGAAGGCCUCUGGGGAGAAGGUUCGUACGACCGAGACGCAAGUGCUGGUGGCUACACCUCAGAAACACUUACUUGGUGCUAGACUGAAGCUCAUCUCUGAGCUGUGGGAAGCAGGCAUCAAGGCAGAGAUGCUCUACAAGAAGGACCCUAAACUGCUGAAACAGCUGCAGUACUGUGAGGACACAGGGAUUCCCCUCGUUGCCAUCAUAGGAGAGCAAGAGCUGACAGACCGAGUUGUCAAACUGCGAGAUGUCACAACAAGAGAAGAGGUCAAUAUCCCAAGAGAGAAGCUUGCUGAUGAGAUCAGAAGAAGGCUGGAGCCCUGCAGCCAUGCUGUCCAGAGCUGCUUGACUCUGUGAACUGCUGUGUAACGGGAAACCCCCAGUGUCCUUAGCCAUGAACUGCCCACUGAACUCUGGUCACCACCUGUUACCCUGAAGCUCAUCUGCCUAGGCUAAGGCAGUGUUGAAAUGGGGUAUUUGUUUGGAAGGAGUAGACAGAUUUUUAAAAGGCAUGGACCAUGCAAUCACCA